GGGUCUUAUGGGUGUGCGGUGUUGGGAGUGAGACGCGGCGAGCUAACUCGACGAGCAUGCAGUGGACGCGCUACCUUCUGCUUGCCCUCGUGCUUCUGCAGGCACUCUCGGAAGCUAAGCGCAAGAAGAAUAACACCAAAAUCAAACAUGAUAGCAGGACUCACGAAGACAGAGCUCGUACUUCUCAUUCAGGGAUUAGUGAAUUACAGCUCUCACAGGAAGUACCAAACCAACAUAUGAAGCACGAAGGUGGCCAUCAUCAAGGCGGCGCCCACAGUGCCCACAGUGCCCACAGUGCCCACCGACACCACCAACAUCCAACCCCAGAACCAUACAUGUUGGAGCAGCAGCCCAUGACCCCAGAAGAGCAACUGGAGAUGCGCAAGAGCAUAAGGCUGCUGCAGAUUAAGGACAAGGUGUUGACGGCCACGGGACUCUUGAAGCCGCCCAACAUGACCGGGGUAGUGAUCUCUAAUAACCCAGACUUCCACAAAAUUAUUGAAGAGACGACGGCCUCCGCCUACACCCACGAACCCCUUUACAAUGAAGAUGAGCCGGAGAUCAAGAGUGAGAAGAUGUUCUCUCCCGUCGAACCAGGUAACAACUACACCUCCCACUCAGACUGUAAGUCAAGGGCAUCUGACUCAUCUCCACUCUGCUUGGAAGCGACUCACUCACCAUCAUUGUUUACUGUGAUGGUUCCCUCUCCAGCACCACCGGGGCUUCGAAUCCCAGCGGAGAUGGACGUCCUGUACUUCAAGUUGAAUCACGAGCAGCUGGGCAACAGGGUGAAGCGUGCCAUCCUCCACGUGUGGCUCAAGCCCAUGUACUCGGAGCUGGACCGCACCGUCCCCGUCACCGUCUACAAGGUCUCCAGACCAGACAACCCGGACGACUUCAUCAACACCAACGAGGUGACGACGGUGUCCGAAUCCUUCGACGCCAUGAAAGGGAACUGGGUGGACAUCGAGGUGUUCAAGCUACUGCAGGAGUGGCUCAAUAAGCCAGACGAGAACCUGGGCCUGGUGGUGACCGCCUACGACUCCCAGGGCAGACAGGUGGCAGUCACGGACCCCAGCGAGAUGCCCACUAACCAGGCGCCGUUGCUGGAGAUCCACACUGAGGAGACCAUCAGGAACCGCUCCAAGCGGAACAGCGGCAGCAACUCCUUAUGUAGCAACAGCAACAACAAGGAGUCCCGCUGCUGCAGGUACCCGCUGGUCGUCAACUUCGUCGACUUGGGUUGGGACUUCAUCGUGGCACCAAAGGUAUACGAAGCCAACUUUUGUAACGGUAAAUGUCCCUUCCUGCACGCUCACAAGUACGCCCACACCACCCUCAUCCAGAAGCUGAACAGCACCAACGCCCAGCACGGCCCCUGCUGCGGGGCCAGAAAACUAUCGCCGAUGAAGAUGCUGUACUACGACCAUGAUCAUCAAAUUAAAUUCGACACAAUCCAAGAUAUGGUGGUCGACCGGUGCGGGUGUUCGUAAGCCCCGCCCCGACUCCACUACUAACCGUUCUUUCCAAUAAAAGAUCUGUGAUGGAGAGUAGAUAUAAUUUAGACUCGUAUUCCAGUAUCCAGUCCAAGCACAUAUUUUUGACUGCUCUCGUUAGAAUUAAUUAUAAACUGCAGUUGGUAACAGGUACAACUAAGUGAUAAUUCAAAAUGCAAUAUGUCGCCGUUACAUACGUUAAACAAGUCACUUAACUGCCACUGUCCAGCCAGUCAACAGUCUGAUGGAGGCCUUAUGAGGGCUGGCUGUAGCGGUCUCCUCUCUUCCUGUUGUGUGAAGCGGUCUCCUCCCUUCAUCUAGUGUAUGGUGACAAGGCCUCUUCACUGCCAGAGACGUGAAGCGGUCUCCUCACCACCUCUGUUGAGGAGAAGUUGCCUUCUCAUUUAGCGUGAUAACCGGCCAACACUCUCUUGAGCAUCUUCUAUUAGAUAUAAACUCGGAUAAAUGUAUAUAUACAUAUAUAAAUAUAUGUAUGUUUGUAUGCAGCCGUGUCCAAACGGCAAUCAAUAGGCGGUAUUGGAGUGACUGCGAGCCUGACUGAUUGUAAUAUAUUUGUGUUACGCCAGGUGUGUUACGCCAGGUGUGUGAUAAGUGCUGUCUUUGUUACAACAGAUGCUCUAAUGUUGUGUGCACAAAGAAAUCACAUUACCGUGAUGUAUCAACGAGCAAAUCAGUAGGAGCCGUGAGGAGGAUUCGAAUCUAUGUUCUGGUGACUCCCAAGCACACGCCUUAGACCACUACACCAGAACAUGGUCAAAGCAAUGCAGCUUGUGAUUUAACUGAAUCCUCUAGGCUUCCUGAGAUGUACACUGGCUCCAGUGUCGUGGUGUAGUGGUCUAAGGCGUUUGCUUGGAACUACCCAGAGCAUAGGUUCGAAUCCUUCUCACGGCUCUUACUGAUUUGCUCUAAUAUUGUGUGCUUGAGCAAGCCUCUAUAACUGGUAUAUUUAGGGCAAAAUUGUGCAGUUUGAGGUACUUACCUGCGCGGAGACGUCCAGUGUUUGUAUGGCGAAUGAAAUACACUGGUUUGAGUUUCUUCUAGAUAACGUCUAAGAUGAUAGAGCCCAUUGCAGGAGUUUCCAAACAUCUUAUAAAUCAUCCUAUUAAGGCUAAGACCAUGAAAACAAGGUACUGGCGAAGGUUCGCCCGGCGGGACUUUCAGUGGUGGCCUGUAGCAGAGUGACUUUGAGAGUCGUGUCUGCUCAUUGUCAGAGGUACUCAGUCCCACCUACUGAGGCCAAGUCCAAUGGCAUGCCACACCUGUUGAUCGCCAGACAUAUUGAACGCCAGUCCUGUUAAACGUCAAACUUUUUGAUUAUCAGACUCUCUGAACACCAGUCCUGCUGAACGAUAGAUCUAUUAAGCAUCAGACCUGACAAAUGCCAGGUAUGUUGAACGCGAGUUUUGCUAAACGCUAGUGCUACUCACCACCAGACCUGUUUAACGCCAUGCUCCAUAAACACCAGGUCGGAUGAACGCCAGGAUUAUAAACGGCACGCCGGAUGAACGCCAGGGCAGACGAAAUCAGGCCAGAUGAACGCCAGGCCUCCAUUUUUAUGGAACAUCGAAUGCAUCUUCGCCAGAGUGUACUUGGCUCCAGUACUCUUCGUGGCGACUGCCUCUCCUUCUCCGUCUGCUCACUCAACACAUUUUCUCACGAGUGUCAAGAAUUCGAAAAUAAUUUGCCUAGUCAAAUUUUCCUCUUAGAUCUUAUGCCUCAUCCUUGCGUAGAUUCCUCUGUUCCCCAGCUUUGGUAGCUGUGUAGUUGAGUACAUAUGAAUAUUUGUAGUAGCAUGGAAGUAAAUGUGUGUGGGCCUACAUGGAUACCAUAGGCAUUUUGACCACAUGCCUAUUCUCAGAAUCUCCGCCAUGAUACGUUAAAGUGACAUACUUGAUAACCCAUUUGAUCAAGCCACCUAGUAGGCUUAAUACUCCAUUGAGCCUAUGACGUUGAGAAACUCUGUGGACAUUUAACAAGGUUCUCUAAUCGACACAUCCAGUUCCAGAACAAGAGACUCAACUUUCACAAGAUUCAAGAAAUAUAUGAAAACUGUAUGACACAGGACCACAGCUUUUGGACAUGACCAGUGUCACGUUAUGCAGCUUCCUGGUGUUUCACGGCUCUCUCUCCCUUCUUGUCGUUGUUUAAGAUUCAGCUACUCGCAACUAAAUGUCUCAAGUAGCACGGGCUAUGGUGAGCCCAUAGUGGACUUACUGGCACAGGAGGGGAGCUGUAAUUGCUCUCUCUCUCUCUCUCCUUUCCAAUGUACUUAUAUAUACGUCAACACAUGUCUACUCCAGCUGGACCCCCUACCCAACCACUUGGGCUGGACGGGAGAGCGACGGUCUCCCUUCAUGCAGAUCGGCGUUCAAUCCCCGACCGUCCAAGUGGUUGGGCACCAUUCCUUUCACCCCAUCCCAUCCCAUCCCAAAUCCUUAUCCUGAUCCGCUUCCAAGUGCUAUAUAGUCGCAAUAGUUUGGCGCUUUCCCUUGAUAACUCCCUCUCUCCAGCUGGACCUCACACCCGAAUUUUAGCUUGGCGAGUAAGCGAAGUCUAAAAAAUCAUCCACUGAACUAACGAGAAUAGAGCAGGAUCUAGAUGUUCACUUGAUCUAGAUCAUUUUACCUGAACUGCAGCAGGACUGACAACCCCAAACCCCAGCUGGGAUUCCUCACAGCCUGGCUGGGACGUCCCACAGCCUGGCUGGGACGUCCCACAGCCUGGCUGGGACGUUCAACAGCCCGGCUGGGACGUCCCACAGCCUGGCUGGGACGUCCCACAGCCUGGCUGGGACGCUCCACAGCCCGGCUGGGACGUUCCACAGCCUGACUGGGACGUCCCACAGCUUGGCUGGAACCCUCGACAGUAUGGGCUGGAACCCACCACAGUAUGGCUUUCCAUAUAAAAGCUAGAAAUAAAAGGAAACCCAACCGUCACAUCAGAAAGCUUCGCCUGCACUUGCUUCAGUUAGCGAGCGUCAAGCUUGGUGUUGUUGAUGUUGUGUAUGUGAGAGUGAGAGCGGUCUAUGCUAGGAAGCAUCCAUGGUCCGUGUUCCUGGUUGCUGCUAUUGAUACAAAUAUUAUUAUUAUUCAGACAACGAGUCAUAAUAACGUGACUGAAGACAUGAGGGCCAAACCACACACCAGGAGAUGAAGAGACGACGACGUUUCUGUCCGUCGUGGACCGUUAUCAGGUCGAUUGUGAUACUGUCACAAUGCAGCUUGAUAAUGGUCCACGACGGUCCGAAACGUUGUGGUUUCUAAAUCUUCCGUUGUGUGGUUUGGUCAUCAACCAUUAUUAUUACUCCCAAUGUGACUCAUUACAAGUAAUAGUUCUUCUAUUAUUGUUAUGGUUUCUACUAUUGAUCAUCUGUGAAACACUUCUGCAACUAUGACUAUUAUUGCAAUGAAUGUAUCUAUUACUGCUAUUAUUGGUAUUUCCUCAACUAUUGCUUAUUCUCCUGCUAUCACCCUGUGACUAGGCCUAUUAAUAGGACUAAUACUGUCGCCUGGCGUAGAUCAUUCCUUCCACCUUAAAGAACAACCACAUGACUGUGAUCAGAUUGAAUUCUUACAGCGGUUAUCGAACCAUAUAGCGGUUAUCGAACCAUAUAGCGGUUAUCAAAUCAUCCAGUGAUUAUCGACGUUUUACAAGCACUUUAUAUCUAUAAAAUAAAGUGCAAAGUACAAAUAUUACAAUUCGUAGUUAAGACAUUUGUUUAGUCUAAGAUUAUAAGAUAAGAUAAAACACUUUAUGCUAGAAAUUCUCUCUCUCUUUUCUCUUUUUUUUUGGUUUCUGCGUGGGACGCCUUUGGUAUUAGGUGUUGAGAGUCGCGCUCUCUGGCUAUAUACCGUAGAGAGAACACGGUAAUAUAUAUAUAUAUAUAUAUAUAUAUAUAUAUAUAUGAUGAAGGAGAUAUGUUUAAGGGUUUCACUGCAAAACUGAACGAAAACA